AUGAUUGUGGACUUCAGGAAGAGCACUGUCCCCCCGCCCCCACCCUCCGUGAUGGACUCCCCCAUCACCUCUGUGGAGUCCUUCCGUUUCCUGGGCACCACCAUCACCCAGGACCUCAAGUGGGAGCCGACCAUCAGCUCCCUCAUCAAGAAGGCCCAGCAGAGGAUGUACUUCCUGCGGCAGCUCAGGAAAGCCAAGCUGCAGUUCUACACGGCCAUCAUCGAGUCCAUCCUCACCUCCUCCAUCACCUCCUCCAUCACCUCCUCCAUCACCUCCUCCAUCACCUGCUCCAUCACCUCCUCCAUCACCUCCUCCAUCACCUCCAUCACCUCCUCAUCACCUCCUCCAUCACCUCCUCCAUCACCUGCUCCAUCACCUCCUCCAUCACCUCCAUCACCUCCUCAUCUCCUCCUCCAUCACCUCCUCCAUCACCUCCUCCAUCACCUCCUCCAUCACCUCAUCACCUCCUCCACCACCUCCUCCAUCACCUCCUCCAUCACCUCCUCCAUCACCUCCUCCAUCACCUCCUCCAUCACCUCCUCAUCACCUCCUCCAUCACCUCCUCCAUCACCUCCUCCAUCACCGUGUGGUUCGCUGGAGCCACAGUCAGGGACAAACAGAGACUACAGUGCAUUGUGGUCUCUGCAGAGGAAGUGA